AUGUGCAGACAAGACUAUCGAAGCUUCAAGGAGGAAAGGUCCAGGCAACUCUAUUAGCUCUAGCUGGCCUUAAGAGAUUGAGUAUGACAGAGAAUGUCGCAUCUAUCUUAUCUCUUGAUGAAAUGCUUCCAGCUGUUGCUCAAGGAGCUAUUGGAAUUGCCUGUAGAACCGAUGAUGAUAAAAUGGCAACUUACUUAGCCUCAUUGAACCACGAGGAAACAAGACUAGCAGUUUCAUGCGAGAGAGCGUUUCUCGAAACGUUAGAUGGCUCGUGCCGUACUCCAAUUGCUGGAUACGCUGCGAAAGACGAAGAAGGCAACUGUUUUUUCAGAGGAUUGGUUGCUUCCCCUGACGGUACUAAAGUUCUUGAGACCUCAAGAAAAGGUCCAUAUGUGUAUGAAGACAUGGUGAAGAUGGGAAAAGACGCGGGCCAAGAAUUGCUUUCUCGUGCUGGUCCUGGCUUCUUCGGCAACUGAGCCAUUCAAAGAAGAGGAGGAAGAGAUGUGACGCGGACAAAGUCUAGGGUUUAGGAGUAAUUCAACAUCUUCAAGUCCUGUUUCUUCCUCCGCGAUUUGUUGUAACUUUUUUGAUUUUGAGAGAGACAUAACCUUUUGUUUAUUGAUUGUUUUAUUGUAUCUAGAUUAACGCCCUCUUGCAAUUGUAUCCUUUUUAUUGA